UAGUGUGGGCAUGGUUAACUGGGAGAGGUCUGGCCCCUUUAAGGACACUCCCCAAACACGUACACGAGGAUCUUUAUUCGGGAAGCGUUCAAGUGGAUAAGAAAACGAGAAGUGCGAGCUGAAGUGGACGGAUAAGCUUUUGAGGUUAAAAUAGUGAACCCAAAAGAGAAAACCGUGGUGGGGAGAAAAAGAGGAGAGAGGCGGUUAGCGGACUGGUCUACGCGUGUGAAGAGGGACUGGGGCGAAACCUUUCACACACGGGAUGUCCCGGACAGAGUUGCUGGUGAUAUGGAUGGUUCUGGCUGCCGUGGGCACCGCUCAACAGUCCGAGAGGAACUCGAGUUCCCGAAACAAAAUCGUUCCCAAAACCUUUGGAGGAUUCCGGUAUCACAAUAUCCACGUCGGCAACAGUUCCCAGAACAGCACGCACGUGCCUGCAUCGAGACGGGGCAAUCCUGGAAAUCACUCCCUCAGCUGGCAGAGAAAUGAAAUAGUCGAAGUGAAAGUUUCGGACGUGGCAAGGCAAUACCUGACGGGUUUGGGUACCACAGUAGUCAUUCCUUUUAUCUACAGCUUUGUGUUCACUGCAAGCCUGCCUCUUAACUUGCUGGCAAUCCUGGUGUUCAUCUUCAAAAUAGGCCUCGCCAAUCCGACUGCGAUCUACAUGAUGAACUUAGCAGCGGCCGACCUGCUGUUUGUGCUGCUCCUUCCGCUGAAGAUUUCCUACCACUUCUCUGGCAACGACUGGGGGCUCGGCCCCUUUGUGUGCCGGCUGGUCACCGGUGGGUUUUACACCUACAUGUACAGCUCGGUGCUACUGAUGACGUGCAUCAGCGUGGACCGGUAUCUCGCCGUGGUUUACCCCAUCAAAUCGGCCUCCUGGAGGGGCCGCCGGCGCGCGGCGGGGCUUUGUCUCGUGGCGUGGCUCCUCUCCAUUUGUAGCGCUCUGCCUCUCUUCUUAACCCAACAAAGUGUGUACGUCACCGACCUCAACAUCACAACCUGCCACGAUGUGCUGCCUCUCUCUGUCCUGCGCACCUACUCCCUCUACUACUUUCCCAGUUUGUGUAUUCUUUUUGUCAUUCCUCUGGUCGUCACCACGGCCUGUUACAUGAAAAUUAUCUCAACACUCCGCUCAGCCAGUGCAGUCAACCCGUACGGGAAGAGACAUGCCUUCUUCGUAGCUAUCAUUGUACUUUGUGUGUUUCUUGUCUGUUUUGCACCGACCAAUAUCGUAUUACUGAUACACUCUCUCCAUUUUUCUCCUGGACAAAGUGAUACCCUUUAUUUUGUCUACAUGCUGUGCGUGUGCCUAGGUAGUGUGAGCUGUUGUUUUGAUCCAUUGAUAUAUUAUUAUGCAUCAUCCUCGUUUCAAAACCAGCUACAUCACCUUUUGAAUUCUAGGGAGGAUGAAAGUAUUCAGGUUAAAGAACUGAUUAAUAGACCGGGGACUCCCACUCCCCAUCUGUGAAAUCUGCAGAAUGGUGUCAAGACAAGCAUGAUAAAUAUAUUGUUCUGGAGACCUGAUACAGAAGAAUACAACAGAAUUCUAAAACUCUGGGACCUAGCUAAGUGCGAUCAAAUUAUUUUCUACUGUUUUCUACAUUUCUCCACUGUAUCACAGCUACUAUUGGCCAAAUCAAUUCUAUAAUUGUGCUAUUUAAGAAGGAACUGCAGAUGCUGGACAAAUUCGAAAGUAGACAAAAAAUGCUGGAGAAACUCGGCGAGUGAGGCAGCAUCUAUGGAGAGGAAUAGGCGACGUUUCGGGUCGAGACACUUCUUCAGGCUGAAAUAUAAUUGCGAAAUUCUAUGAUUUGUAAAACUCUCCAUGGAAAAUGAAAAGUCAACGCAGACCUCCAGAAGAACGCAUGGAACAGUGUGUACUACAGACCCUGGCAAAAUAAACAGCGGCUGAGAGUUAUCUUGCAUCAAUGCUUCUCAUGACAGACUAAGGAGAAGGAUAAACAGACUCUCACUUUCUGAAUGAAUUUUCUGAAUACCUAUCUUAUUGUUUUUUUUAUAUUUCUCGAUUGUUAUUUUAAUAUUGUGUCAGAGUGCAAUAAAAUAGUACAUUGGAAAAAGUGUGGCCGUGAAAUGGUAUAUCUUGUAUAACAUUGAGAAUCUGUAUUUUAAAUAAUAGAACGACAAUGUUUCUGUGCUUCUGCCAAAAAUGUGCGGUUUGGUGUCAGAGUUGCAUACUUGACCUUGGCAAUGGUAGGAAUGCAAAACAAUCUGCUCGGGACUGAGCCUCCCUCUUCUGAACAUGAAUCAUGUGGAGAGGCCACAGAGGUUGACUGAAGGUAUAUCACUUCAGUCAACCGCUUGUAUUCACUGGAGUUUAGAAGGAUGGGGGGGUUUCUUAUAGAAACUUAUAAAAGGACUGGACAAGCUAGAUGCAGUCCAGUUGACAAUGCCUAUGCCGAACAUGACAGAAACAUAGAAAAUAGGUGCAGGAGGAGGCCAUUCGGUGCUUCGAGCCAGCACCGCCAUUCAUUGUGAUCAUGGCUGAUCGUCCCCAAUCAAUAACCUGUGCCUGCCUUCUCCCCAUAUCCCUUUAUUCCACUAGCCCCUAGAGCUCUAUCUAACUCUCUCUUAAAUCAAGUGGACUUGGCCUCCAUUGCCCUCUGUGGCAGGGAAUUACAAAAAUUCACAACUCUCUGGGUGAAAAAGUUUUUUUUCUCAUCUCAGUCUUAAAUGGCUUCCCCUUUAUUCUAAAUCUGUGGCCCCUGUUCCCCCUCCCACGGUAGGGAGCUUUUGCAUUUUUCAGCUUGAAAUUGUACAAUCUGGUGCAUACUGUAACGAGUCUUUUAACUUGCAUUUGAAUGCAACAUUUAUGCUUUAAAUUGGAUUAGGUAUGAAUAACGUUAGGCUAAAUUACAUUCCUAAUUACAUUCCACAAUAGAGCCAGGCUGAUCAACAGGUUCAGCACAUGAGAGACUAUAUUCAUAUAUGGAAAUCAGAUUAUAUUCAUGCUGUUAUGCCUAUAUAUAGAGAACAUUUCAGAGAAACAAAGCAAAAGUUGGACUUCCAUCACUGUUCUGCACAAAUAAAUCAAUCAACCUUGUUCAAGAAGGAACUACAGAUGCUGGAGAAUCGAAGGUAGACAAAAUUGCUGGAGAAACUCAACGGGUGUGGCAGCAUCUAUGGAGCGAAGGAAAUUGGCAACGUUUCGGGCCGAAAAACCCUUCUUCAGACGGUUUCAACCUUACCCUUUGAAUAUAGAAACAAAACGAAAAUAAUGCCACAUAUUCAACCAUGUAUGGUUCAAUUAAAUUAAGAUAUAUAUGUAAAAAUAUAUAUGGAAACAGGCCCUCCCGCCCACAAAGUCCCCACCGACCAGCAAUCUAUCAUACAUCAAUUCCAUCCAUCACGCCAGGGACAAUUUACAGAAGCCAAUUAACCUACAAACCUGCACUUCUUUCGGAUGUGGGAGAAGCGGAAUAUCCAGAGAAACUCAUGUGGUAGUAAGGCAGCAACUCUACCGCUGUGCCACCGUGCCACACCACUAAAUUAUUUUUUCUGUAAUAUAUUUAUUAUGGUGUCACGUGAAUAAAGAUGAACACAUGAUUCUGAUUUCUGCCCUUAGUUGGAUAACACACGUCCAGUCAUUGUGUUUUAUGGCUGGUUUUCAACCUCUUCAGGCUGAAGGUCUCGACUCGAAUCAUCACCCAUUCUUUCUCUCCAGAGAUGCUGCCUGUCCUGCUGAGUUUUUCUAGUUCUUAGUGUCUUAUCUUCAGUUUAAACCAGCAUCUGCAAUUCCUUCCUACACUAUUUGUUAAGCAAAACAGGUCCUAUUCUCAUUAUAUAAUUUUGUGAUCAGCGUGAGAGCGUGAGAAUUUUGUGAAAUGCGUGAGUCUCACGCUCAAUGCAUGAGAGUUGGCAGCCCUGCUAAUAAUGCAAACAUUUUAAGCAAGUUCCAAUUGUUUGGACAAAAAUCACAUUACUGCUUUAUAACACUUUACGAUUUCAGAAAUCAUGGCAGUCAACAAAAAAUCAACUAACAAAUUAAAGCAAAUUAAAAAAAAAUAACAUGUUCCCUUUCCUGACUCUACCUCAUAAGUAAUUUAACGCUGUUAACAGAGCAAAGGGAUAUUAAUCUCAAGAAUCAAAAUGGGGAAGUGGGGGCAAUUUUGCUUAAAUGGUCAUUCUAAGCCCAUUCAGAUCUGCAUAGAGUCAGAGUUAUACAACAUGUACAUGGCUGGUCCAAUUUGUCCAUAAUGAUCAAGUGGGCAUUCUGCGUGCCCAGGGACUGGCUGCCGUUCCCAGAUCAGCUCGCGUGCCGAACCCUGUCCUAGA